AUGAAUACUGACAAUUUCCUGUCAAGCAUCAUCCACAAGUACUGUUUUGGUAACAGCGAAAACCUCCUCCAGGACAUGCAACUCGCAAACAGUCGUCGUCAGAAUGUUGUACAAGUUCUCGCACGCACUCAUUUCAACUUACAUUUUAGCUGGGCCCGCAACCUCAUGCAGAAACUACCCCCAAGCAUCGGCGCCAAGUUAAUGCCACCGGGCGUUAAGGACAUUAUUGCGUUCCGCAGGGCCAUGAGCAAACAGAUCGGCAACAUCCUAUCAAGCAAGUCCUCUUCCGACGAUACACCAUCUAUCUUUACGUACCUCCGCGAUAGCCCCGAGCUCCCGGACUCCGAGAAGUCACCUGCACGUCUUCUCGAUGAAGCCGUGCUCCUGAUCAUGUCCGGUACCUACUCGCCCAUGCUCUCGCUGAUCGUGGCCCAAUACCACCUCAUAACACGCCCAGGAAUCAUGGCCAAGCUGCGCUCCGAGCUGCGCGCACACCCGGAAAGCGCCAGCCCCGAGCAGCUCCAGCAGCUCCCGUACCUGUCCGCCUCACUGUUCCCGGACCCGUGGCGGUUCGACCCGGAGCGCUGGAUCAUCACGGACGAGACGCAGCAAGAAAUCGUCCGGCGCCGCCGCAGGGCCAUGAUGAGCUUCAUGGCCGGCACGUCCCGUGGCUGCCCCGGCAUGCACCUCGCCGACGCUGAGAUGGCGGUCGUGGUGGCUGCCAUGGCGCGCUGGGAGAUGCGGCUGUACCAGACUACGGCGGAGGAUGUGGAGUUUUUGCAUGAUUAUCAUGUUAUGAGCCCUAAGCUGGACUCCAAGGGGGUGAGAGUCGAGAUUGUGGGACGAGCUGAGGGGAUGUGA